GGGAAGACGGGAUUUAAGUUAUAGCGCACGAACCAGUCCUGGCUCAGAGAAUGGCAAGGGUCAAUGAGAUUUGCAAGCCAUGGAGUUCACCAAAGAACAAUCAGCUUGCCUGUGCCUGAGGAGGUACUUAAAGAAUUUGCCUCUGUCGAAGGUGCAGCAACAUGCACGGAAACGUCAGGGCCUUCCAGGAUAAUCAAUGAUAUUCACACGCGGGCCCUAAGCUUCGUGCCGAUCCACCGUGAUUCUCUCCUUUCAUAGAAAUUGCAUCAUUCAAGAUUACCACAUUUACUGUCAUCAACUCAAGGACUUCAAACACACUCAACCCCGACGGACCCAAAUACAGUGUUCACGGGCAAUCCUCGUUUCUUGUGCAUUUGUUCACAAACAGCUACGCUGCAUCAUCUUCAUCAACAUGGCACCACAGGACGACGUGAACUCGAACCCCCCAUGUCACCUAAGAGCAUGUGCGAUUCAAAACUGUUUGACCAAGAACAACUACAAUGAAUCAAAAUGCCAAGGCCUCAUUGAUGCUUUGUAUGAGUGUUGCGACGUAUUCUACCAGAAGAAUGGGGAUGACGCAAGCACCGUCAGCUGCCCCAAGGCGAGCCUGUUGAGGCUGAAGAUGAAACAACGGCAAGAUGAACACGCAAAAUGAUGGACAGACAGACAACCCUCGAUAGAUCCUCCUUCUCCAGACCGUGAGGCUCUCAAGUCAUCUUUAUACAUAGGACAU